CUGCUGGGAUUGCCGGGUUUCCUGUCCACUUCCUCGAAGCAAGGAAUACAUGGCGGAUCUUCUAGAUUGGUGGGGGUUACAAAGAUCUCGAAAUAAAAUGUGAUCGUCAAGUAUAGAAUUAUAAAUUUUACAAGGAGACAAUAUAUAUAUGUGUGCCUACUCUGUACAUUCAAAAGUAUUAAAACUUUAUCUGACAAAGCGUUUAAAGCACUUAGAUAUUUAGAUUAGAUAUCUUUAGAUUGAUCCAACUAAACAUAUCAUUAUCAUACGUUAUCACAAUAUCGAUCAUAAGUUGUCUCAAUAUAUAAACGAAUAAAAGGAUAACAGUAAAGAAAGAAUCUCUCCUUUCUUAAUGGUGAACAUUUUUUUUUUUUGCUUCAACGCAAUUACUUAUGAACGACGAAAUGAGAAACGUGAUUUGUAUUUUGAUAUUGCUCUCUGCAGUUUAUGCGUCGGAGCAAGAUGUGACCGAUUCCUCUUACUAUCUCGAACGAUUGGUGAACAUCCAAAAAAGGAUCACUGAAGCUAUACUGAACGAUGUUUUACUUUUCGAAAAACGAAUAAAGCAAAAUCUAGAAGUCAGACUCAAUGAUCUGAGAAUUCAGACUUUGCUUAAUGUUAAUAAUAUUAUCGAUUUAACAUUCGAGAAUAUCAAUCUAUCUAUUGAAGAGGGGAAAAAAGAGGGGAAAAAAAUAGACGAGUGCUACGAUUAUGCAAAGCAUAAUCUGGGGACAAAGAAAUAUAAUACAAUUGCUCAAUUGGAGAUAUGCAUCCAGAAUGGCAACGUGACCAUGGGAACCCCAUUAACGAAACUGGCGAAGAAUAUUAAGGCAAUACAGGCAUUGCUGAUCGAAUUAGAUGUCAUCAUCCCCAACUGUCACUCCUCGAAUUUUAUUAAAAUGCAGCGCUGCAUCACAAUGAAUCUCUUCAUGAUCAGAUCGUCGUUGAAGAGUAUCAGUAAUAAUACCAAAACGUCGGUGAAUAUUGUCAUAAUCGCGCAUACAAAUAUGAUUAGAGAUGUGAAAAGUAGCACAAUGAAGCUUGUCGUUGAUAUCCGCAUUUUCAGCACAGAUAUCAUUGUUCGUACUAACAGUUGCAUAAGAAAUGCAUCUACAGACAAUCCCAAAUCAACAAAUAAUACCAAACUCAUCGCCAUCUAUUAAUUCUUCAUCUCGAAAUUUUUAAAAAGGUGAGAAGAAAAGCCUAUAGUUUAAUAUAAACUUCUAAGUAAUUUUCAUUUAAAUUUCAUUUUUUCAUGUAUAUUUUACUUUUAAUUAAAAACAUUAAUCAAUGAUCUGAAAAUAUUUGACAUUUGGUCUUUAAAACAGAUUGCAACGUCCUCAAUUUUCGAGUAAAUAGUUUAUCAAAAACUACGGAUUAUAACCGUGCACUGUGUAUUGAAAAACAUUCGAUUAGCUGACUUUAUUGUUAAUGUAUAUUAAUUGCUCACUUAUAUCAUAUAGAAGCAAUAUAUUUGCAAUAUAGGAAUAAGUGGAAACAGUAGCAAUCUAAUAGUAGUGGCAACAAUACUGGCAAUAGUAACAGCAAUAAUAACAAUAAUAUUAUUUAUAAUUAUAUUUAUCAUUAACAUACUUCGAUAGAAUUAUACAUAUCAUUAAUUAUAAUCGCCAUGGUUAUGAUUAUCUUUACUUAUAUACAUGUGCAUACGUAUAUAUAUGCAUAGACCCAUAAAAACACACUCGAUAGUGCGGAUGUUUCAUCGUCAUAUAUAUAUAUACAGAGUAUGUCAGAAAGUUGCGCAUCUCCCCUUCCACUAUAGUACUCCUCGACAAAUAUGAAGUCACUUCUUUUUUUAGUGAAACUUUGAUUGAACUUUAUCUCUUGUAGUACAUCUGUAUUAUAUUUUCAUAUCAAAUAUCUUGACAAUUGUGCCUCAAAAAAAUUUAGACUAUUAGAUUUUGUCAUUUUCGCAUCUCUAAAACUUUUAAUUCAAGUCUUUUAGAUAUUAAUUGUAUAACAAUGAAAAGCUAUUUUUUUUGAUAGCUGAUCGAGUUAUCAUUCUUCUUAGUUUGCAGCGUACAGUAUAACUAUAAUCUAGAAAAUAUGGGAUUUAUGGGACACCCUACAUGUGCAUAUAUAUUUCACGCAUUAAACGUUUUAUUUCAUAAGAAUGUUAUAUGUACACAGGGUGCCUCAGAAAUGGCGGAUAUUAUCAGUAACUGAGAUUUCGCAGGAAACAUUCACGCGAUAAGUAAUUUAACGCAAAACAUCUUCAUCAAAUAGUUUCAUUCUGCCCAUCAAUGGCUUAUACAAUUGUUAAUCAAACAUAACUUGGAAUGGGAGAAGAUUUUAUAUUAAUGUAUAAUCUGCGAAAUAAAAAUUUUGGAGCUUCCUAAUUAUAAUCUGGAGAUUGCAAAUUAUCAAAGAUUACAAUCGCGAUUUGGAUGGCAAUUACUGAUACCGCAAUGCAUAAUAUGUGCUAUAUUGCCGCUACACUAAAAAGUAUGCUUACCUUGCCCUAUCCCUUUCUCUUUUUCUAAGAAAUCGAAUUUUAAAACAUUUAACAUAUCUUAAUGAGCACGCAAUUAUUUUUUUUACUACAAAGAUCUAAGACAAUAUUAUUUAGAUAUUUCUCCUUGCCUGCAUAAACUAUAUAAAAGCUCGCUUCUUUCAUGAAAAUAAAUAUCACACACUAUUAAGAUUAUAAUUAUUGUUCUAACAAAGACUAUAUAGGUAGAAUUAAAGUAUUAGUGCAUACUUAUUGAUAUGGCUAUCAGGAUAUAAAGAUUCAUAUUUAUAACGAUGAAUUGUCCUAAGUGGAUUAUAUGUUGUCUUAUUUACAAAAUAUAGUCUGCAUAGAAUUGUUGCUCAAUAGACCAUACAAUUGACGACUAAUUCACUGCGCACUGGGAUCUCAUUAUCUCGCGUACAGUAAAAAAUCUUAAAAACCGAUAUACGUCGCGGUACAAGGAGAAGAAUCUCGCAUUCAGAAGAUAAAUCUGGGUCUUUACAGAAAAAUUUAAAAAAUAUCUUUUUUGCAAGAACUAUUACAGACAACACAUCCAGCGAUGAGAUAUUUUUUAUAUAAGUUACGUUAGCAACGAAUUUUCUUCUUUUUCUUUUAAAUUGGGAUAGCCGAUAUAUAAAUAUCCCUAAAAACGGUUUAAAAUAAUUAUUUAUAUGAACAAAAUGUAACAUAUUUAACAUUAAUAUGUGCACAACAAGUCGAAAUUAAUAUAAUUUUAUAUAUUUCAAUAUCUAAUAAUUGAGAAUUUUCAAUAGAAAGAAAAGAUUGAGAAGUUUAUACACCAUGCAUCCGUGUGAAUCUCAACUUAUUAAGAUAGCUUGUGAGACAUAUUAUAAAGUAUCUUAAUAACUUUAUUGUAAAUUCAUCUUAUCUUCCUUCUUCAUUUUUAUUCUGACAGCAAAUAUUCGAUUCUGUCUAAGAAUAAUAAGC